CGCGCACACACGCGGAGACGCAGCAGCAGCAGCAACAGCAGCAACAGCAGCAGUAGUAGUAAUCUCGUGUACACUAUAACUCUAUCUGCCAUCACACGUUUUUUUUGUUGGGUUAUUCUCUUCUGUCUCUCUCUCCCCUUUUUUGGUAGGGGGGGGGCAAGGCUCACGUGAGAGAGAGAGGAUUUAGACCCUGGCCCAGUGGGGACAUUCUUCUUCCUAUUGACGACUGCGUUGGGUGAGGUUUUUUUUUAUUUUGGAGUGGGUGGGACGAACAUUCCUGCGCUCAUUGUGAAGCCUCACGCGUGUCGCGUCUACCUGCGGGUGCCCACCUGUCUGCUCCUCCGCGAUGACGACUCACCGGCAGAGCCAGAUUGAACGCGCGUGCUGAUUUCCACAAUCCGGAUCGCCACCUUCCGGGAACGUCUCGAUUUCUCCUCUAAAACGUCGACCUUUCACCAAGGACUCCGCUCCAAGCAACGGUACAAACGGCAGUCACUUCUCAGCAACGAUCUGCCCCGGCUCCCAACAGACGGCAGAGCCUUGGAAAUGCAGCACAGGGACAUUGCCGCGUACUCGCUGGGACCUGUGCGGCGCAGCAGACAUUGGGAAACGAAGCCCAUGAAUAAAACACUUUGAAGCCUGGCCCGAAGGCCCGAAGGAACCUAUUGCACUCGGGUGGAGUGUUAUUUAUCCGAGGUGAUUGAAACACGUUAGCCGUGGGAGAGAGAAGCUGCCUGCUGCUGCUGCUGCUGCCCUGUAAAGUGUUUUGCGCAAGAUCAAUUCUCUUUCACAAAGUUUGUUUGCGUGCCAUAUGCACUGCUUGUGUGCACGUCUCCGUGCAGUGCAAUGCCGCAGCGUACUGAGAUCUUCAUUGCGUCCGGCUGCCUUGGAAGGGCCUUUUGAGGCAUCCGUCUACGCAAUCGUUCAAACUUAGUCGCGUAUUUAACAAAAAUUUCAGUCCUGGGGAAAAUGACGGAACAUUUAAAAAUGUCAAAAAGUAGUCGAGAUUUAAAUAGGGCCUACGCUUGACAAUCUGAAAAUCCACGUGCUUAUUUCUGUCUUUGUCUUCACUGCUGGUAUUAUUUUUAAUCAUCAAAAAUACAAAAAAUUUCACCGACGACAAUCCAAAUUUAGAUACGAUUUGACGCAAUUCACGUUCGAUACCGACACAACGUGCACGCGCGUACGUACGCUGAACUUAUUUCUCACCGUACAUAGCCAACCGCGCUAAUCAGAGGUGCGGCAUCGCUUGCCCGGCAGCUACCAACACGGGACAAAAGUAGAAAGUAGCGAUCGACACAAUUCGCCGGGUGGAAGGUUUCUCUCAGCACCGCGCACCCAUAGCGCAUGGAAGCGGAACGAGGGGUGACCGAUCACGCGAUGAAUGCUACGGAGAAGUUCCGCCUGCUGCUGCUCAACGCGCUGGCGUGCGGCCUGGAGAUCUGCGUGGCGGCCGGAGUGACCUACGUGCCACCACUGCUGCUGGAAGCGGGCGUGGAGGAGCGCUACAUGACCAUGGUGCUUGGCAUCGGGCCUGUGCUGGCCCUUGUGUUUGUGCCGUUUAUCAGCUCGGCGAGCGACAACUGGAGCGGCGGAUGUGGCCGGCGCAAGCCGUUCAUCCUGGCGCUGAGCCUGGGCGUGGUGCUGGGCCUGCUUAUUGUCUCCUACUCGGCCAGCAUCGCGCACCACUUCCAGAGCGAGCACGCCUUCAAGGUCGGCUUGAUGAUCGUGGGCGUGGGGUUGCUGGACUUCUGCGGGCAAUCGUGCUUCACGCCGCUCGAGGCGCUGGUGGCGGACACGCUGCGCGAACCCGAGCGCUGCGUGCACGCCUACGCCAUGUACUCCUUGAUGACGAGCGCCGGCGGCUGCGUGGGCUACCUCCUGCCCACCGUCGACUGGAGCGGCACCGACCUGGCUCGCCGGCUCGGGGGGCAGGGCCAGUGCCUCUUCUCCAUCCUCAUCGCCGUGUUCCUCGUCAGCCUCGCCGUCACCAUGUGGCAGGCCCGAGACCCGCCGGCGCCGCCCGCGAAGGCCGGGGGAGGGCAGGCGGCGGCUGCGGCGGCGGUGGCGUUGGUGCCGCAUGGCCGGGCUGCCGGGGGGCACCACCCCGACGUGCCGCUGGCCGGCUCCGUGGCGGCCGGCGCGGCGUCGGGUGGCGGGGGCAGGAGGGAGGUGGUGGAGGUGGUCGUCGUUACGCAGAGUGGAGGUGCGAGAUGCUGCUCGGGCUGUGUGGAGCGUGCCGGCGCGGGCUGGCGGGCGGCCCGGCACAACGGCGCCGCGUGGUGGCUCCGUGGCGGCGUCGUCUCGUUCCUCGUGCCGGACGUCUACCGCAGCUUCCUGCGGAUGCCGAACGUGCUGCUGCGCCUGUGCUUCGCGCAGCUGUCCUCGUGGAUGUCCAUCAUGACCUUCAUGCUCUUCUACACGGACUUCAUGGGCGAGGGCCUCUACGGCGGAGUUCCCAGCGCCGAGGCCGGCUCCCCGCGGCGCCUGCUCUAUGACGAAGGGGUGCGCAUGGGCAGCUGGGGCCUCUUCCUGCAGUGCUGCACGUCGACCGUGUGCUCGGUGGGCAUGGACCGCCUGGUGACUUCGCUGGGUGGCCGCGGGGUCUACCUGGCCAGCAUGGGCUCCUUCACGAUCGCCAUGCUCGUCAUGUGCCUGUCGGACAGCGUGGCGCUCGUCACCGCCAUGACGGCGCUCACGGGCUUUGGAUGCUCCAUGCUGCACACGCUGCCCUACACGCUCACCACACUCUACCACCAGGAGCAAGAGGCCUUCAUGUUCCACAAGGCGAAGAGCGACACGGACGCCCAGCGCUCGGAGAAGAAACCCCACGGGUGGGAGUCGACGGCGCUGAGCGCGCACGCCCACAAGUCCCACAACGGAGGCCCCGUCCUCGCCGAUCGGCCGAGCGCGAGGACGACGACGCUACCGCAGCAGCAGCAGCUGCAGCUGCCCGCCUCCCAGCACGCGACGGACCACGGCAAGCGCGGCAUCUGCAUGGACAUGGCCAUCCUGGACAGCAUGUUAUUCCUGUCGCAGGUGGUGCCCUCCCUGUGCAUGGGCGCCAUCGUGGAGACGUGCGGCUCCGUCCAGGCGUACGUCGUGUGCGCCGCCGCCCUGGGGCUGGCGUCGCUCUACCUGGGCACGCGCGUCGUCUUCACCAAGGCGGACCUUGAACACAUCCGGCAUUUGCUGUGAGCGCUCGUUUACCCCCCGGUGGUUUUUUUUAUUUGACUUCUGACCGAGCGAAGCUGCGGUUAGAGCGCUGCAAGGGGAGAUGGGAGAAGUGGGGGGGGGGGGGGGAGGCUGCGAGUUUCAAUGUAACUCAGCCCAGCAUCAUCCAUCCCGGGUCACAGGAGUGUGGAAUGGCCACAUGGUGGCCCAGGACAACCAAGUAGAGAUGCAACACCGCCUCGUGCUCGUUUUUACCAGAGGGACACUUUGACUUUUGAUUUUUUUUUUUUUGCUAUAAUUGUUGACCGUGAAGGAACGGUGGGUUUCCGUUUGCGCAGACGCAACAAAAACUCGACAACACAAAUCAUUGAGUUAUUUUGUUAGUUCUUUACUCGUCCGAGAUUUGUUUCCGUGCGAGAUGGAAAAAAAAACAAUCUUUUUCAUCUCUGAAAUGACACACAGGACCACGUGCAAUGAUGUAACUCGCAAAGAAAGGGCACAUUACCGUGAGCGUGUGUUAAAAUGUUUGCGUGCGGUAUUUUCCCUUUUUCUUUUUUCUCCUUUGCACCUGAAAAUGUAUUUACACCCAAGGAAUGGCAACGCAGUUUACACGUAAACGCGACAAACCCUGGCCCCUUUCCCCGUCGGUUUUGCCCUGCUUCGUGAAGAGGUGCACUUAUUUAAUGUUUGCCACGAUCGGCACUAAACAAGGGGAGCUUUGCAAUAAGCGGCAGAAAUGUUUCCUUCUUUGCGAAUCAUUUCCUAUACUGUAUGAAAUAACUGCAGCGCUGUAGAGAAUUAUUCAAUGUUAACGGGUUUAAAAAAAAAAAACACUCGAACAUAAAAGGUGUUUAUGCAGUGCGAUUCCUAGGUUUGUGUUCGUGUUGCAUUCAAUUUUAACUCGUUGAAUUUGAAAUGCGAUUAAUGCGAAGGCGUGGUUUACAACGUAACGAUGUGUCAAGCGUGCAGGCAUUGCGCAGAACAAAAUCUGUGAGAAGUCUUUACAGUAAUUGGCAGCUGUUCAACCUUGAGAGUUGAUUUCGUUCGACUUUGCAGUGAUAAUCAUUGAUUUGUCCAGAUGUAUAACUGCCUGGGUGACUCCUUGGCAGAAAUCUGUUUCUGUUUUUUUUUGCAGUCAGUCAUUAAGUCGCAGGCGAAGCAUAAUUAUUGGAUUGUAAGAGGAUGCUGUCUGGACAGUCAUGUGGCAUUAAACCAAAGUUGCUUCUUCUCCUGUGGACAUUAUUGAUGUUUCCACAGCACAUGCUGACUAGUUGCUAACCAAACAUGGUUAAUAUUACAACCUCAGCCCAAGGGAACUUAACAUUUACACUUAGACUUUGCCAUCUUUCGUGACUAGAUCAUUAUAAAUCCAUGCAAAGUAAAGUAUUUAUUGGUAAUUAUAGGCCAGCUAUUGUAAGAGCAAUACAUGAAUCACACUGGAAUAUUUCAUAGUACAAGAGUCAUUAUAUAAUCUUAUAAACUGGGAGAUAAUGGGUACAUUACUCGAGGGGUUUCUCGCAACUCACAAAAAUCAAUUUUUACCAGCCCAUGCUUACAUUUUUGUUUGCAUAUUUAUACGAAGUCACCUAAUUGUUUUGACAUAUGCAAACUGCAAAGUAAAUCGUUGAAUGCCUAUUUAUUUAUUUAUGUUCAUUUGAAUGUGUCCCACAGUUACGCCCCGUUCUAUUCGUCAUGUUCGUCAUUAAAACAAAAAUUGGUGAAACUCUUCGUGUAAAUCCGGUUAAAUAAUGUGCCAACCUCAUUUAAAAUCAUCUGUUUCACGUCACCUAGCAGGUCACUCAAAGCAACGAUCCAAAAAAAGAAAAUGUUAUAUAUUUUUCUACACAAACUCUGUGUUCAUCUCUUGUUGACUGUUGAGAAAUAAAACAAAUGAAACGUU